CCAAAUGCUCUUCCUUCUGAUACCGUCGAAGUCCCCCAGACCUCACAUCAGCCAACCGAUACUGCCAUGACCAUCGACGGGCGCCCCCAGUUCGCCCCCGCCGCCGAGAGCCAGAUCAAAUACCGGAGAGAGCAGAGAAAAAUCCCGAUCCCCCCCCACCGCUUGUCGCCUCUGAAGGCUGCAUGGCCCAAGAUGUAUCCUCCCCUAGUUGAGCAUCUGAAACUCGCCGUGCGAAUGAACAUGAAAUCAAAGGCCGUUGAACUGAGGAGCUCCAAGUCGGCACAGGCUGGAGCCCUUCAGAAGGGCGAAGACUUCGUCAGGGCUUUCACUCUUGGCUUUGACGUAGACGAUGCCAUUGCGCUGUUGCGGCUGGACGAUCUGUAUAUCGAGACUUUUGAGAUCAAGGAUGUCAAGACCCUAACCGGAGAACAUCUAAGCAGAUGUAUUGGUCGAAUUGCUGGCAAGGACGGCAAAACCAAAUUUGCAAUCGAGAACUCAUCCCGCACGAGAGUGGUACUGGCAGACUCCAAAAUACACAUUUUGGGUGGUUUCAAGAACAUCCAUAUCGCACGAGAAGCAAUCGUCAGUCUCAUUCUCGGUGCGCCUCCAGGAAAGGUUUACGGAAACCUACGAACCGUAGCAUCUCGGAUGAAAGAGCGCUUCUAG